AUGACCAAAACAGGAGGUGCCAAUAUCCUCGAGGCUGAGUUUCUCUUCCUCACGAUCAUGGAUGCAUUGUCUGCCGAUGCAGUCUAUGAAGAUACCUUCGAGAAAAACCAGCUCGACCUAAUGAAAAUCCGCUUCAUGCGGUGCUGCCGCCUUCUGGGGCUCUCCCGUCUUGAGGCGCCAUACGUCCAGGUACCCCUGAGCGAUGCAGACUCGGUCAAGGCCUCUCAACGAGUGUCCGAAUUGAAGACAGCCCUCGAUCAGAGCGGCACCUUUGUCCCUGCCAACAACAGGGAAGCCCAUGUCGACUCCGACCCCGACUCUCUCAGAGGGUGGCUGGUCAACUUCCAGCGCAGCUAUCGAUGGAAAUUCAAUGUCGAGCAUACGUAUCCGGUCUUGAAGUGGGUGCCAAAAGAUGACGACCACAUUCAGACGAUGCGCAGCAGCUUUAAUGAUUGCAUCAUUGUUCUUGAGAAGCUCGUUGGACAUGACAUUAUAUCUCUCGCCAGGCAGGACGCCAUUGAGUUCGUCAAAGCACCGUCCCAGGCUAGCCUGAUGGAGGCUGUAAAGACCACUGAUCUCAUGCUAUUCAGCUUCUUGCAGGAGGAGCAGAUGAAGCCGCAGCAGAAGAAGGAGGUGGAUAGCCACGAGGGGCAGCAUGACCCGGAGCAGCGCCAGGAACUCCUAAAGCGAGAGGCGGGCAAACUGCGGAGCAAGCUGGCCGGAAUACGGUCCGAGCAGUCCAAGAGGAAUCACGCCUAUUCUUUGGCCCAGACCGAGCUGAGGAUAAACCUGGGUACGAACAAUCGAGAUUAUAAUCAUUUUGUGGCCGGGCUAAAGAGAGAUCAAGCUGCGACCGAUCGGAACUACCGUCAGGGGCAGGCCCGCCUACAAAGACAACAAAUCACGAGUGACGGGGCGCUCACCGAACAGGAGGAGAGACUACGGACCGAGCUGGCACGAAGAGAUCAGGAGCAUGUUCUACAGAUGACCGCGCUACAGACUGCCUUUGAACAGCAAGAGGCCGACCUGCAGAGCAAGCUUGCCCAACAAAAGUCAGAGCUACAGAAAGAGCCUGGCCAGCGAAAGCCAUACCUGCGCAUGCUCGAUGCAGAUCGGCUCUACACCGAGAAGAUCAUGGAGCUGCGAGCGCAGUAUCUCCAGGAAACGCAAGGGCUGCGGGAACAGCAGGUCAUGAUGACACAGGAAUAUUUCAGGGAGAUGCUCGAGCUGCAGAACCAGCAUGCCGAGCGGGAGGACGCACAGUUGAAGAGGCAGUUUAUCCUGCGGCAGCAGGAACAUUCUCGGCGGCUAGCCGCCUGGCAGAAGAAGCAUGCCCUGCGGCAGUACGAGCUGGAGCAGGUGGCGGUCAAACGAGACCUGGAUCGUUCCCAAUGGCACACGGCCAAGCAGCUGGAGCUGGAGAAGCUGGAGAGUCAACUGCAGCGAAUUCGCGAGCAGAUGACGCCAGAGACGAGGCGAGAGAUGGAGAAUCGAGCCAGCGGUUCCCAGGAUCCCAACUCCAUCCCCAUCUACAUAUCGAUCGCAGAUAUGAAGGCCAAAAAGGCUGCCAAGGCUGCCGCGGCUGCCGAAGCCAGCAGGGCCGGUGCGGCCGGUGCACCAAAUACAUCGAGCACAACCAGUUCACUCACCAACCCUCAGAGCCCACCCAACGCACCUAGGGGGCCGAGGGGACAUGUAGCUCCUGUUGGUCCUAGGGGCCCUAGCACACCUACACCCCACCCACAGGCUGAUAACAUCGCUGCAGCGGACGACUCGACCACCCUCGUUGGGAAUGAUCAGUCUCGUCUUGUGAUCCGUAAUCUUGUCAUCGACGAUUCAAAGAUCAUAUCAAAGCCUAACGCUUGA